AUGUCAAAAACCACGCCUGAAAAGACCGACGCCAUCUCGCCGGCUCCAGCACGUAGCAGCGGAAGCAUCGAUGCCGGAAAACUUGAAAACACCGAAGAUGCUAACGAGGUUUUCAAGAGAGGCGAUGGAGCUGUGGACUUUCGCACAGUCGGCUGGAUCCAUGCAUCCGUCAUUUUCCUGAAGGUUAUUUUCGCCACUGGUGUCCUUACAAUCCCUUCCGCCAUGUACGUCCUUGGUGCGCUUCCGGGUGCCAUCAAUGUCUUAGGCUGGCAGUUCUUGAACACAUAUUGCGCUAUCGUCCAAGGCAACUUUCGUAAUGCCCACGCUGGAUGCCACUCAAUCGCCGACAUGGCCAACGUAGUUGGCGGUCUUUGGUUGAAGGAGGUAGUUGGCGUUCUGUUCCUCGUCACCUACGCGAUUGUCGGGGCCUCUGGAAUCUUUGGCACAUCAGUCGCUUUCAAUGCUUUGUCCAACCACUCGCUCUGUACCAACUCUUAUAUGCUCGUUGCUACUGCUUGUGUCUUUAUCCUUGCGAGCGCUCGUAAAUUCGAAAAGAUCGCUUGGCUGACAUGGGCGGGCUUCCUGUCGGUCUACAUCGCCGUCUUUAUUGUCGUCGUGGGAGUUACACAGGUCGACCGACCUGCUGCUGCCCCUAAGACCGGAGACUUCGACCUUGGAUACCACGUUAUUGGAAAUCCCAACUUUGUUACCGGCAUCACUUCCGUGGCCACCAUCUUCUGUUCCGGUGCCGGUACAUCUGCGUUCCUCCCGGUUAUUUCGGAGAUGAAAAAGCCUCGUGAUUACAACAAAGCUGUAUACCUUUGUAUGGGUAUCGUCACUGCUUCUUACCUUACAUUCUCCCUCGUCGUCUACCGCUAUUGCGGUCAAUGGGUUGCGUCUCCAUCGCUUGGGAGCGCCGGCGAUCUGAUCAAGAAGAUCGCAUACGGUAUUGGCCUCAUAGGACUAAUGGUCAGCGCUUGUCUUUACAUUCACGUCGCUGCUAAGUAUCUUUUCGUUCGCCUCCUGCGCAACUCGGUUCAUCUACAGAAGAACUCAAUCGUCCACUGGGCUGUCUGGCUCAGUUGCACUUUCACCAUGUCCGUCGUUUCUUACCUUCUGGCUUCUGGUAUUCCUAUUUUCAACUACCUUCUCGCACUGGCCGGAAGCUUGACAUUUGCCCCUCUGGCACUGGGUCUUCCGGGCUAUCUCUGGGUAUAUGAUCAUCAGCAUUAUCGCCAGGGGGCCUGGUGGAAAGUCCUUGUGUACUGGCUAAAUUGGCUUAUGAUACUGCUGGCUGUGUUCUUGACCAUUGGUGGCACCUACGGCGUCGUUCAGAACAUUAUUGAUGCUUACGCGCAGGGCUUGAUUGGGGGAGCCUUUUCUUGUGCUGACAACAGUGGCUCAUCAUAA